AUCGCUGCUGUUGUUACUACCACCACCGUCAUUGUCUGUCUGUCUCUCUACUCUUUCUCUCCAUCUCCCUCUCACCCACUGACCUCGUCCUCCUCUCCCUCUUCUACUUGAAUUCCUCUCUGGUCUGGGACCCAAUUCCCUCCAACCCGCGCCUGAACCUCCCCUUCGACGCCGCCGCCGCCCAUAUCGGAUCACCACUCUGUCCUCGACGCGGAAAGUCAUGAAGGUGAACGCGCUCGUGGUUGCGUUGGCCGCCGGCGCACGUGUCGCCCACGCUCUCUGGCCCAUCCCUUCUUCAUACUCCAAUGGCGACCAUGCGCUGUGGAUCACGGGUCCGCAAGACAUCAACUUUGCCUAUACAGGCCCACAGACUGCGCCAAAGUAUGGCUCGGCCGGUGCCUCCGCCGCCAGCGCCAUCGUGAACAAAGCCAUUGAGCGCACCCGCGACACCUUGUUCACCAAAUCCUACGUCCCGUGGCAAUUCCACUUGCGCAACACCGAUUUCGAACCCAAAUUUGGUUCUGAUGCCGUCUGCAUCAGAGAUGUCAAGUUGGUCCAGCAUAAGCCUGACCCGGCUGACAUUCUCAAACCCGCCAUCGGCAGCGUCGACGAAUCCUACACAUUGCACGUCGCGAUAGAUGGCAGUGUCAUGGUCGCCGCCAACAGCUCGAUCGGUCUGAUGUAUGGUCUCACCACCUUCACUCAGCUCUUUUAUCUGUCCAGCCACGGCCAUGGUGUCUACACGACCCAGGCGCCCGUCGAAAUCACCGAUGCGCCCCAGUUCCAAUGGCGUGGGUUGAACCUCGACACCUCGCGCACGUUCAAGCCGGUCGCAUCGAUUCUGGCAAUGAUCGAUGCAUUGGCGUACAACAAGAUGAACCGUCUCCACUGGCACGUCACUGAUUCACAGGCGUGGCCUUUGGAGGUCCCGUCCAUCCCCGAGCUGGCCACCAAGGGUGCAUACACCCCAUCUCAGAUUUAUUCCGUUCAGGAUGUGCAGACCGUCCAGUCCUACGGCUCCUUGCUCGGCGUCGAGGUCGCCAUGGAGUUUGACAACCCAGGUCACACCGCUUCAAUCUGGUACUCUCUGCCUGACCUCAUCGCCGCCUACAAUAUCUUCCCCGGGUGGGACACCUACGCCGCCGAGCCGCCGACCGGGACGCUCAAGCUCAACUCACCCGCCGUCUCGGCCUUUCUGAAGAAACUGCUCGACGACCUCCUCCCACGCCUCAAGCCGUUGACCUCCUACUUCCACCUCGGCGGCGACGAGGUCAACAAGAACGCCUACAACCUCGACGACACCGUCCGCUCCAACGACCCGGCCGUGCUCCAACCCCUCAUGCAGAAAUACAUGGACCGCAACAUGGACCAGGUCCGCUCCUACGGCCUGACCCCGCUGGUCUGGGAGGAGAUGCUGCUGGACUGGAACCUCACCCUGCCCGCCGAGACCAUCGUGCAGACCUGGAUCAGCCCCGCCAGCGUCGCCGCCGUGACGGGCAAAGGCCACCGCGCGCUCGUCGGCCAGUACGACUACUGGUACCUGGACUGCGGACACGGCCAGUGGCUCGACUUCCGCCCGGGCGACGCCUCCCGCGGCUUCUGGCCCUACCUGGAUUACUGCAACCCGCUCCACAACUGGCGGCUGAUGUACAGCUACGACCCGCUCUCGGGCGUGCCCGCCGCCGAGCACCACCUCGUCCUCGGCGGCGAGACGCACAUCUGGAGCGAACAGACCGACGCCGUGAACCUCGACGAUCUGGUCUGGCCCCGCACCUCCGCCGCGGCCGAGGUCCUCUGGUCCGGCGCCAAGGACCCCCUCACCGGCCAGAACCGCUCCCAGAUCACGGCGUCCCCGCGCCUCUCGGACAUGCGCGAGCGCCUCGUGGCCCGGGGCAUCCGCGCGGCUCCGAUCCAGAUGCCGUUCUGCACGCAGAACGGGACCCAGUGCGCCCUCUGAAAAGAGGAAGGAUCGCGAGAGAGGAAAGGCCGGAAGCCUCCUCCCCUCCCUCUGCCCCCAAACCUCUGUAGGAUAUUAUUUCCAAAACGACCGUGUCACGAAAAUCCAAAAAAGUUCCUUUCGAGAAUCCCUU